CUUGCUGCUGCAGAUCUCAGAGGAAGGAGGAUCUUGGCUUGGCUCCAACCGAAUAGCAAGUGGAAUAGAUCGACGAGCAGACCACACCAACGAGUGGAACACACCGGCGAGCAUCAAUAGUUUUCUUGCUCAAAUUCUCUUCUUCCCUGGCAGAUGUAAUGUUCCCUCUCUGUGUCAUGUUUGAUGAAGCUCGCACACCGUCAGAUGGCAUCAAGUCAAAAAGGGAAGGAGAUUGCUCCAAGUCAGGCUGAUGAUGAAAAGGGCAAGUGUUAUGAUGUAGCAAGAUGGAGUGUGAGAGACAAGAGGGUAUUCAUCACCUUAAUGCACGAAGAGUUCAAGGGAAACCGACCAACCACAACCUUCAACAAAGUUGGUUGGAAUGUCAUUAGGAAGCAAUUUCGUAAGAAGACUGGUAAUGAUUAUUUAGGCACGCAGUUUAGAAACAAAUUUAACAAGCUGAGAUUGGUGUAUAGGGAAUUUAGAAGUUACUUAAGCACACUAGGUUUGGAUAUAACCGGAUCACUCGUACGUGAUGCAUAUAUCAGGACUUCAGGACCACCUGAAGGCAAAGCAAUUUCGCACUGCUGAUUGUCCCAUGUGGCCGGAGCUAUGUGAUAUUUAUGGUGAUACAACUGUUGUGGGUGGGAUAACUCUAUCUACUGCGCAGGGAGAUGUAAAMACUAAUCAUGAAGAAGCUGAUGAAGAUAGUGAUAAAGCUUCAUUUGUUGAUGGAUUAGAAAGCGUUCCAAUGACUCUAUUGCAUGACUCCACACAAGAUCUACCUACAAUUAAUGAUGGGUGUAUCUGAGAUAGAUGAUGGGUGUGGAACAAGAUUCCUAAUAUAAUGUCAGACCCAAAGAAAGAAAGUGCGAGAAACGCACCACAAAUAAAGCCAUAGUUGAAAUAUGCCAGGCUUUCACAACUUACAUUAGACAGAAGACAAUCGGCAUUGUGGGUGGAUCCAAAGAGAUAGUGAUUCCAGAUUUCUCUAUAAGCAAGUGUCAAGAAAUUCUUCGAAGUGUGGAAGGUUUGAGCAAGCAAAUUAUACAUGAGGGCAAUCAAGCGGAUGCAAGAUCAGAAUUGGAGGAAAACAUUUAUUACUGUUGAAAGCUUUUAUUUUCCCAAGUAUAGUACCGUAGGGGUACUAUUGUAGUUUUACCCUUUUAUUAUUUUAGUAUAUAUAACAAAUAGACCUGUUCAUGGGCCGGGCCGGGUCGGGUCGGGCUUGGCCCGAGCCUCAGCCCGGCCUGACCAUCGAGCCUACAACUUGGGUCCGAGCCCGAAAUUUAGCCCAUACUGUUACUACUGCUGAAGUGGUUGAAUAGAGAGAGAGAGA